AUGAUUGUCCUAGCUCCAUAUACACUAGAGGACUAUACCAAUGCUUCGCAAUACUGCUCAUCCUACACUACAGAAGAUCCAUCAUCGCAUCUUGGUAUAACCCUGGGCGCAGCACCGCUAAGCGGCGACCUUGAACUUCCUCAAUGGGUCUCCCGCGCACUUGGUCAAGAGACGAAUCAAUUUCCUGGCAUUUCCAUAGUCCUUGUAGCCGUCAACGAAGCCAGUCACCAUGGUCCCGUACUUCUGCCACGAUCACUUCACGAAGCGGCCCUGUGCGUACGAUGCGUCAGCCUUGGUUGUCCAUCCAGACGCCUAUACGGGAUCGGCAGCCAAACUUACCUGGUAGAUGUUGCUAUCGCUUUCGUGGAAUCCCAAGAAGCAAUUCUUGCUCUUGCUGUCCUUCCGGCCAUAGAAAACGCCUCAAAGGUGAUUUUUCCACCGGCCCGCUGGUUUGUGCCGAGUCUUUUGAAAUCCUCGAUCUUACCUAAGCACACGAAGAGGAAGUACUUUGGGUUAUCUGGAGGGUCAUAUGACGAGAUUAGAGGCGGUGCGCGAAAUGAUGUGUUAUGCAGGGAGGAGAGUGGGGAAAGACACAAAACUUACUUUGGCCGUGUUGCUGUAGAUCAGUUGCCGUCUAGAAGAAGAAAACAAUCGGUCUAUUUGACGAUUUAG